AUGUCUUCCGACGACUGUCUGUCACAGUCGGACGAUGAAUUGUUCAAUCCAAGAUACAAGCCUGCCCACGAGACGGUCGAGACACUCCCACUCUAUAGAGCCAACAUGAGUGACGCCGACUCUGACAUUGAGACUUUGGCGACCCUGCCUGUCCAUCGCCCGAGUGUAAAAUCUCAACAAAUGAACUCGAGCCGACAGACGCAACCCACUCAGAUCAUCGAUCGAACGGCUGCAGCCAUGUCCUCCUCUCCUCCUAAGCCCGGCGUCGUCCAGGUCGCUGCUUCCUCUCCAAUGACUACCCCUAAUAUGCAGCGAAAACCCACCGGGAUACUAGCAAGCGCUAUGGCACCAGCAGGCACGAUGUUCCGGAAACCAUAUGUUGCCCCUCAGCCUCGUCCUGUUCCCAUAACCAUUGACAGCGACGACGACGGGCCCACUUAUCGAGGAGGGUCCUCAGAUAGCGAUGGUCGGGGCACGCGAUCAAAUGAUAUCAAAACAUCUACAUUUGUGCGGAGGAAUAAGUCCCCAGGAAAGAUUCCUGAGUCUCCGCAGACCCAGAACAAUGGGUUGAGUCGCUUCAAGGAAAUAACUGCACGGUCCAUGUUUAGAGGUUCUCCGAACUCAACGUCAUCUGCUGGUUCCAACGGAGUGAAACGCUCCGCCGAUGUGAAUGCGAACGCUUACGGCAGCGUUUCAAAAAGACCUCGACAGAAUGCACCUGCACGUGCACUACCCGUGGCGUCCUCCCCACCGGCCACGCAGCAAGAAGAGAUGGAGCUCGAUGAUAUCAGUGACUAUAGCACGAGGCGAAAGGUGAACCGAUUAAUGUCGAUGCUCAGUGCGGUGACAGUCAGAGAAUGUUACGAAGUCCUGCUCUCGAAAAAUGGGGACUACGACCAUGCCGUUGAUGUACUGCUUCUGAGGAGCGAGAAACGACAAUCUCAAAACAAGAAUAGUACUGUGGAUUUGACUGGCUCGGACGACGAGCUGGCGCCGACUCCGGCAGCUAGCAGACCCAUACCUCAACGUGCAAGUAUGGGAAGGCAGCAGGCCAAGGUACCUCAGAAGAGCAUCACAGAGAAGUGGAGCUCUACUCAGAAUAUCAGAAAGCCGUCCAAGACAAUAGAUGUCUUCGAAACCCCACCUCCGCGGAAGAAACGAACCUUGGUUCGGGGCAGGAAACAUUCUUCUUCACCUCAGCCGGUGCCGGAAGAGGUUAUACAGAAACCAAAACGUGUAGUCGCCAUACAGUCCGAUGAGUCCGAUGCAGGGGGUUCAGCGGUCACAUCGGACGACGAGAAUAGAACAACCUUCCAAGGUCGUGUCCUGGAUCUGUUCAAUACUUGCUCCGCAGCGGAUUUGGCUGAUAUUUCUUCCAUCAACCGCGACCUCGCCGAACAUAUUUUGUCCAAACGACCUUUCAAGGAUCUCGAUGACGUCGGGCAAAUUGAAGACCCGAAGUUAAAGCCUACCAAGACGAAGCGAAAGACCGCUCCAAUUGGUGACAGAAUCGUCGACAAGGUUGAGGGUAUGCUUGAGAGCUACGAGGCUGUUGACUACCUUGUCAAGAAGUGUCAAAAUCUUGCCAAACCACUAUCUGACGAGAUGAAGAGUUGGGGAGUCAAACUUACCGGCUCUCAAGAGGGAGAAUUGGAUAUAGCCUCUCUGCAAGCCCCACGUCCAAGCCAUGAUUCUGGUAUUGGAACACCUGUAAGUGACGAGGAGGACAUAAAGCGUGCCGGGCAGAAGAACUUCAUUGGCCAACCUUCCAUCAUGGCCAGCGACAUACAAAUGAAGGACUAUCAAGUGGUUGGCCUGAACUGGCUGAGUCUGCUCUACAAGAAGCGGCUUAGUGGCAUUCUAGCUGAUGACAUGGGGCUGGGAAAGACUUGUCAAGUCAUUGCUUUCUUGGCCCAUCUUUUUGAGCAAGGAAACAUGGGACCUCACCUUGUCGUGGUGCCUGCAGCGACUUUGGAAAACUGGCUCAAGGAAUUCCGACGGUUUUGCCCAGCACUGAACGUCGAACCGUACUACGCGACAAAUCCCACCGAACGUCUGCAGCUAAGAGAAUCCCUUGAGGACAACCGCGAAAACGUCAACGUCAUUGUCACCACCUAUACCAUAGCCAAGGGCAAAGACGAUGCGCCUUGGUUGAAAAGCUUCGGGUUUGACUGUACAAUCUAUGAUGAAGGACACGUGCUCAAAAAUGCCGACUCUCAAGUUGCUAGCAAACUUGUGAAAAUCCAGUGUAAUUUCCGCCUUUUGCUCACCGGAACCCCGUUACAGAAUAACUUGAAGGAGCUCAUCUCGCUGCUUGGGUUUCUCAUGCCAGCUCUCUUUCGAGAGAAGGCGGAAGCGCUGAAGAACAUCUUCACGCACAAUUUCAAGGCGCUGGACAACAACCACGAAAUGCUUCUAUCUGCGCAAAGAAUUCAACGUGCCAAGAGCAUGCUCACCCCGUUCAUUUUGAGACGGAAGAAAUAUCAGGUCCUUAAGGAUUUGCCGAAGAAAGAACGAAGAGUGGAAUUCUGCGACUUGAGCCCUGAACAAUCCGAGCUCUAUCAGAUGUGGCUUGAUAAGGCCUACGAGAUCCGUGCGAGGCGAGAAAGAGGUGAGAACGUGAGCCAGGAAUCUACAAACAUCCUGAUGAAACUGAGGCACGCCGCCAUUCACCCCUUUCUCUUCCGACGCCUCUAUCCUGACAAGCAGCUGCCUGUCAUUGCAAAGCAAUGCUUAAAGGUGGACCAAUGGCGCGAGUCAAAUCCGGACCUCAUUGUCACCGAACUUCUUGAGUAUAGCGAUAUGGAAAUUCAUACAUUGUGCGAUAAGCAUACGCAGCUUCGGCGGUUUGCACUCAACGGUGACGAGUGGCGCGCAAGUGGUAAAAUCCAGAAAAUGGUGGAACUUUUGCACAUGUUCAUUUCCCAAGGCCACAGGACGUUAAUAUUCAGCCAGUUUGUCAUGGUCCUCGAUAUCCUCGAGUUGGCUCUGGAACGUGAGGGUAUCAGCUCUUUCCGACUUGAUGGUGCUACCAAAGUAUCAGAACGGCAAGACCUGAUCGAUGAGUUCUCUGCCGAUGACAAUGAUACGCCUGUCUUCAUGCUCAGCACCAAAGCAGGCGGAGCUGGUAUCAAUCUCGCAAAAGCGAAUAAAGUCAUCAUCUUCGAUAGUGGCUUUAACCCGCAAGAUGAUAUCCAGGCCGAGAACCGAGCACACCGCAUUGGGCAAGAGAAAGACGUUGAAGUCAUUAGAUUGAUUUCUCGAGGCACCGUGGACGAACAGAUCUAUGCCAUGGGUCUUACGAAGUUGAAGCUUGAUGAACAAGUUGCUGGUGACGGAGAAGAACAGCCAGCACGGAAGGAUAAUGAAGAAACAGAAAAGGAGGUCGAGGGCCGGAUGAUUGUCGAGGAGAUGUUCUUUAAAAAGGUCGAUGUCGAGCCUCUCGAGCAGCUCAAGGCUGAGGUUGCUAGCCCCGUCAAGCAAAUGUCGGAGCGGCACUCCGCAGCCCCAGAACAAGUGCUUGUCCAUGUUGACGACGACCAGACAGCCCGCCCUGGACGAAAGGGGAGCGUUGAAUUGCCAGAUCGUUCACGACUCCGCAAUGAUGAAAAGACAUUCGAAGAUUGA